GAUUUCAAAUUCCCCAGGCUUACUUGUAAAACGUUCCUAAGAAUUGAACAACCUAUAAAAACAAGAUGGGCAUGAAAUAUCGUCGGUAUCUCGCUGGGGAACGGGUUUAUGGUUGUGCAACUUGUAGGACUCACUUAGCCACUAUACAUUCAAUGAUAUCUCGAGCCUUUAACGGACAGCAUGGCCGGGCGUAUCUUUUCGAUGGAGUAGUAAAUAUUGUCGAAGGGGAGCCAAAUGACCGGCAAAUGACCACGGGCAAACAUACCGUUCGGGACAUUUAUUGCGUAAAGUGUGGUGCAACGCUUGGAUGGAAAUACGAUCGCGCAUACGAAGGAUCGCAGAAAUACAAAGAAGGGAAAUUUAUCCUCGAGCGUAACCUUCUCGUCGACGUUCAAUGACUUGGACAUCCGUGAUGUCAUUGGCGGCGGGAUCCAGAAGUCUUUGUUCAUGUUGCAUCACAACGUCCCACAUAUGAUACAUUAUAAGCUAUGUGACAUCGCGGUGUUUUAUUCUGUUUGUUUGGGAUACCACCAGCGCAACAAAUUUUAUGAUUAUUCAGUUCUUGCCACUAAU